AUGUCCGGGUUUGGUGCGAACCCAUUCAAUUUCAAGGAAUUGUCUAUGAAGAAGUCUAGUUCGGAUUACUUCAACAUGAAACCAAUUCGAGGAUCUUCCCCCACAGCCAGUUUGGCUGCGGACCUUUCCCAGAACUUUCAUAUUGAUCAGAGUCCCAAAUUAGCCACACCACGACGGUCUUUGUUCACGGCCAGCAUGCUUGGUCAAGCCAAUGGACGUGAUGAUGUGAUGACCACCCCGCCGCUCCCAUCAUCGUCACCAGCUCCAGCCAUGGAUGUUAUGGAAAUGUCUCCACUGCCUCACAAGCCAGCGUUUUAUGUCACUACAGAGAUCGAGAUACAGUCUCCAACACCCGGGGGUAGUCCUAUGGAGUCACCAAUGGUGUCUCCUCUACCAAGCCCUCUGCAAGCGUCUCCAAUGGAGUCGCCUCUAUGUCCACCUGAGAGGAAGCGGCCCACUUUCCUGCGCCCCAGUCUGGCUAGGAAGAGCAAAGCACCGCCGUUCCGAUUCGGAACUGGAGCGAAGACAUCUCUUAGCACGUCCACUUCUCUGGAAGAUAUGUUCGGGGACUCGCCUCCCCAUGAGCGUACUAUCUCCCGCAACAACUCUUCAACUCACCUGGCGCCGCCCCGUAUGCGGCCGUCACUUCACCAUGCCCGUAGCAGCGGCUCCCCCGGCCAUAGUUCAAUCCGCAAACCAUCUCAUCCUUUGAUGCGUCCCCGCAAGCAAUGCCGGCGAUCAUUGAGCAUGUUUGAGAACCCAGCAGAUGUUAUUGUCGACAAAGAGGCCAAGGUAGCGACAAAUACACCCGUCCAGUCCAUUAGUGACAUUUCGAGUCCGCCCAGCAUGAAGCUGCCUCACUUCAUCCCUGAGGAUCGUGCGGACUCUCUGCCUCGCAUCGACAAAAGCACUCUUCUGGAGCUCAUGAAUGGCAAGUUCAACGACCAGUUCGACAACAUUCUCAUCAUUGACUGCCGCUUUGAAUACGAGUAUGAAGGUGGCCAUAUCACUGGCGCAUUGAACUAUAACGAUAAGGAACGUCUUGCCGGUGAACUGUUCAGUGCGCCACAGGCGCGCACUGCGCUUAUCCUGCACUGCGAGUACUCUGCGCACCGGGCUCCCAUCAUGGCCAAGUACCUCCGUCACCAUGAUCGCGCCAUCAAUGUUGACACUUACCCUCACCUCUCAUACCCGGAUAUGUACAUUCUGGAUGGUGGAUACAGCUCAUUCUUUGCUGAACACCGCUCUUUCUGUUUCCCUCAGAACUAUGUCGAAAUGAGUGCGAAGGAGCAUGAAUUUGCCUGCGAGCGUGGACUUGGCAAGGUCAAGCAGCGCUCCAAGCUGAACCGCGCCCAGACUUUUGCCUUUGGUGAGCAAUCUCCCGGAAUGGAGGACAGCCCAACUGGACGUUGCCGACUUGGCGACAACGAGCGAAACCGAUACCUAAGCUCUCCAUUCUCUCAAAGCCCAGUCCCCGCACGGACCCCCGGCCGCCGGAUGCUUUCCUACUAA